CAUUACUCCUCACUAAACAGCUUGUUGAUUUGCGCGAUUGCCUUUUUUGUGGGCCUAACUAUGUCCGAUCCGUCCCUUAAACCACCCGCCAGUAACCAACCGCUACAGCCACCCAAACAGAUGGCUCCUGCCGGAUCCGUCGGUGGCCUCCAGUUGCCCGCCACUGCGCCGCAGAAGCUGAACUCCAAUGGACCCACCGCUUCUGGAUCGGCCACUGGUAAUCCGCGCAACAAGUGCGCCCUGAAGCCGGGCCACUCCCUGAUGAACUGGAUACGGCUGUGUAACUCUGGAGCGGAUCUCUCCGGCAACGGUGGACGUGUGGUGCCCGUAUCGCGAACAGAAUUGGCCCGGCACAACAAGGUCGACGACGCGUGGAUGGCGAUUCGUGGUCGUGUCUUCAAUGUCACCCGCUACAUGGACUUCCAUCCGGGCGGAGUGGACGAGCUAAUGCGUGGUGUUGGUCGCGAUGCCACCAAAUUAUUUGAUGAGGUGCACGCCUGGGUGAACUAUCCACAACUGUUGGGCAAGUGCUACGUGGGACCACUAAAAGAGAAUGAGACAAAACCCGCCAAAGAUACUCCACAGAUUGCCAAUGUGAUAUUGAAACCACCACCACCGGAAAUAGUGCCACGCUUUGACUGGAUUCAGCAAAGGAGCGAACUCACCCUGAUCUUCUACACACGCAGCCUGGCCAAUCCUGGCCUGGUAGUUCGCCGGAAGGACCUCCAGCAACUGAGUAUACGAGUACUAGUCCAGCACAAUUGGCACAGCUUUGAUUUUCAGCUGACCAACAGUGUCGAAUGGCCUCCAAAGGUAGCGAAAAUCGGUUCGGAGACGGGGAAAAUUGAGUUGGUCUUGGUCAAGCAGGAAGCGGAACCAUGGCCAACGUAUGGAACACAUGUGUCCAACAGAUUGGAUUCUAGCCGCUUACACGAAGAAACAUUCGAGUAUGAAGUAGUGUGCUGCAAGGAUUUCAACACCGACUCCUUUGAGCUUAGUCUGCAAAGCGUUGGGCAGGACGUUCUGAUGGUCCUGCCGGUUGGUUACCAUGUAGAUAUAGAAGUCCCACUGGAAGGGCGAGUAAUUCAGCGAAGCUACACACCUGUGGAUCAAUCCUAUCUGCGUUUGGAGAACAACUUGUCAUCGAGUUCAGAAUGCUUACACUUUCUGAUCAAAAGGUAUCCCAACGGACCCGUCUCCACUCACCUGCAAAAGCUUCAAAGUCGUUCUCGCGUCCAUUGGAGUGUGCCACGCGGAUCUUUCCAGCUUUCGGAUCUUACCGCACAUAGGAACAUUCUUCUCCUAGCAGCGGGAAGCGGAUUAACGCCCAUUCUGAGUCUAAUUCAGCCCAUCCUAAAAAGGAACACAAACCGAAUUGAAAGUUUGAAGUUGUUAUACUUUAACAAAACCACAGAAGAUAUCUGGUUAAAGGAGAAACUGAAUGAAUUGCACACCCACGACGAGAGAUUCAGCUGCACAAACUAUCUCUCCCAAUCGGAGGAUAAUCCACAAAGAAUAUCACUGGAGCUGUUAACCCCUAUGUUCCAGAAAAAUCACCCGGAAAGAUGUACUUAUGUGCUCAUCUGUGGACCAAGUGGCUUCAACACUGCUGCCGUCGAUAUUUUGAGUCAACUGGAUGUCAGUGUCAAUCAAAUUCAUGUAUUCCGCGGCUAAGUGAAGU